CAUCCCAAAAAAAUGCAACAUUAAUUGGACACUCUAAAUUGCCCCUUGGCGUGAUUGUGAGUGUGACAUUUCCCUGUCUCCAUGUGCCCUGCGAUUAGUUGGCAACGAGUUUAGGGUGUACCCCACCUCCUGCCCGAUGACAGCUGUGAUAGGCUCCGGCACUCCCAGAUACCAAUCAUCACCAAAAUGUGUGUGGACAACUCUAUUUAUGCCAACUUCAAUGUUUGAUAAUAUCAGAACAAUUGUCUUGAUUUUUUGAGAACGUUAUGGACUAUAAAGCUUUUUCCUCAUUAGGAUUCUCGACUGAACUCAAACCAAGGAGACAGCACUAUAGAGGUGGGUACAGUCGCCAAAUAUUGUUCUCAAGUAAGACUACUGCAGCUUUAAAACAUUAUGACUCAAUUAAAAGUAAAAAGUAGUCCUCCAAAUAUUUGCUUGACUAAAAAAGUACUCAGUGAGGGAGAGAGAUAGAUAGAUAGAUAGAUAGAGAGAGAGAGAGAGAGAGAGAGAGAGAGAGAGGGAGAAUUACAGCAUGACAUGUACCCCCCCCCCAAAAAAAAACGUCACUUCACUUCACUAUCACAUUAUAACGUGAUACGUUUCAUGUUAUAAUGGCAAAUGUUUCAUGGUAUAAUAUGAUCAAUUACAUGUUAUAAUCUUAUGAAUUAUAUGUUAUAAAGAGAGAAGUUUCACAUUAUAACAUAAUUUGUUUCACAUUAUAAUGUCAAACUUCCAUAUUAUAAAAUGACAAUGAUCUACGUUAUAGGGUGAUUUGUUUCACAUAAUGUAGAAAGUAAACACAUUAAACGUAAUACAUUUGAUGUUAUCGUGAAACAUAUUACUUUACGAACCUUUUCACAUUAUAACAUGAAAAUAUUUUGUUAUAAUGUGUAAUUAAUCACAUUAUAACAUGUAACAACAAAUGUGAUGGUGAACCUUUGAUUUUAUUUUUUUGUUAGCAAUACGCUUCCGUAUAAAAUAGGGCAAAGGUUGCCAGGGGGGUUUUGAAGUAGAUGUGCUUAUAUCAACCACUUCUGGGUGAAUAGGUUGUUACAUUGUCCAGAUAGCUUCCUGGUGAGUGGGCAGAAGUAAUUUUGGAGUGAACGUAGUGUAUGUACUCUUCCGAUUUCACCUGUACACUGUGCUCUAUGGCAACAACACUUUUUUAUGACCAUUUAGGGUGGUAUACUCUCACUCAUGCCACACACCCGUGCCAACUAUUUGUCGGGGAAACUCUCUUAUUGUGAAAAUUGCGAAACGGAUGUCGUGUAAGUGACUCGUUAUCGCGACUUGGCAGGUUGGUUUCAAGCGACUGUGCGCGCCUCUCUUUGGGUGGUCUGGAGAGCAGCAGUCGAGGGCGACCACGAGCUCCCUUUCCGGCGGAUACUUUAUCGCCAUAGCUCUCACGACGCGGUGCCGCGACGAAAAACAGGCUGCAGCGCCACACGCAGACUUCAAAUUGUGCUUCCUUGGAUGACUGAGAAGCCGUAUAUGAAGUAUAUGAAUAUCCAUCAAGACUUUUGCGGGGCAAUGCAGCGCAUAGUGGGACCCUGCAGAGAUUCCCUGCUGUGAUUCGAUGCUGCCAGUGAGUAGAGGAGGAGGUGCGUUUCCUCUCUUACUCCUGCUGCUGCUGGAGGAUUGUGUGGGCGCGUAUGUGCCUUUGGAAGGCAGCAUCCUCGCUGCAGUUGUUAUCCGCUCUACACAGAUGCCACGGAUUUCCUGACGGACACCCGUGGUCCGCGUCCCGCCCACUGAGACCUUUCGCCACCCCACUUCCAGACGGACGGACGCCCGAGCCCCGUAUCCCGCCCCUCCGUCACUAAUAUGCAAUGUUUUUUUGUGCAGAAGCCGACAGCUGCCGCGUACCGCCGACUUGCCACUAGCCCCGCCGCAUGCCCGUCCGCCGCCGCCGCCGCCGCCGCCGCCGCUCCUCGUCGCCGCCGCCAUUUGAAGAGGAGCGCUCGGGGGCUCUUGACGUCGCGGCGGGUGUGCGGGAGCAGGAACAGCAGUAGCGGGAGCACCGACCACUCCUCCUUCUCACUCUCAACCUCCGCUGCUGAGCACUACCGGCCUCUCCGACAGCCCGAGGCGGAGCUCGUUCUUUUCCUGGCGCACAGGGACGACGACAAGGCGGAAUACGUGGAAGCGGCCGAGAAAGCGGGCGACGAUCCGGGCUUGCUUCUUCUCUUCAUUUCUAUGGUGCAGACUCGGGGAGGCAAACCCAGUCGAACUGAGCCCAACAGCUGGCCGUUUCUGCUGGCAUGCCAACAGGGGGGCGGGCCGGCCCCUGUGCGGUGGCAGAAAUUUAGGCUGCCGCAUCCGGUGCGCGUCUCGUCUCCCACCUCCUGCUCUCCUUCCUAUUCGUACUCCUCCCCCUUCUCGGCCAAAUCCAUGCGGUUUAUUUUGAACAACAUUUUCAGAAAAGGAUCGCAUAUGCUGCAGUGUCUUUGUGGCAGGAGCCUCAAGAAAACCAAGAACCCAACUGAACCGCAGCUGAAGGGCAUAGUGACCAGGUUGUUCUCCAGGCAGGGCUUUUAUCUCCAGAUGCGCCAGGAUGGAAGUCUGGAUGGGACCAAAGAUGACAGCACCAACUCGUCUCUGUUCAACUUAAUUCCAGUGGGACUUAGAGUUGUGGCCAUCCAAUCGGUAAAAAGUGGUCUCUACAUUGCCAUGAACGGAGAGGGUCACCUCUACUCCUCGGAAACGUUUACCCCAGAGUGCAAAUUUAAGGAGUCUGUGUUCGAGAACUACUAUGUGAUCUACAGCUCCAUGCUGUACAGGCAGAAGGAGUCUGGCCGGGCCUGGUUCCUGGGCCUUAACAAGGAAGGGCAGGCCAUGAAAGGCAACAGAGUUAAGAAGACCAAACCAGCUGCACAUUUCCUGCCUAAACCUAUAGAAGUUGCAAUGUACAGAGAGCCGUCACUGCAUGACAUAGGGGAGGUGGCGCCUAAGAUCGCCGGAGGCCCGCCUUCCAAAAGCACAACCAGCGAGCCAGUGGCCAUGAAUGGUGGAAAGCCUGUCAGCAAACCUGAUAAGGAGGAGACAUAGCCCACUCCUCCCCAACCCUACAUCCCCUUUCACCAACAAGUAACCAGAGGCCAGGAAAAGUAAGCGAUUCUGCAACAAAUGCAACAAAAAAGACUCAAAAGUCCAGUUGAGACCGAUCAACAGCAAGUGCGCACCCGGCACCCCACUGCUCAUAAUGUAAGACAGAAGUGCUGUUGUAGGUAGCUGAGGGGCAGACAGGGAGAAGAGGAAGUGGCAGCAGUGGCACCUCGCCUUGCCCCAAAGGGUAUUCCUAAAAUGAAACAAGCAAACAAUGAUACAAAACUGUCAUCUCCACCGGUGUUUACAUGUGACUGAUGUGUCUGUUACUUAGAGGCCUGCUUGUCCUACUCUGAUAGUGUUCAGUUGCCUGGUAUGCUUGCCUCCGACACACACACACAAGCGCCACAGAAGGGAUUUGAAAGCAUCCAGAUAAACACAACGGAGUCCUGAAGAUGCAUCUGAUCUGACACACAAUGUUCUGUAUCUGACCUCACCACUUUGGCUCUCUUUUGACAGACAGUCGAGCAUGCUUCUUCAUUCCUUUGUAUGCAGUUGGCGUAAGGCAAAACGCUAGUGAAGAAUGAGCUUACACAGUUGUGCAGAUACAGAAUACACUUUAUUUGCUACCUCCCUGCCAGGCACUUAAAGAAUGCUGCCACCUCUUACCGAUGUAGCCAUUCAAGAAUUCUGGCAAGACUUUUUCAGUUUGCUUGUAGCUGUAACUGCAAAUUGUAACUGAAGACAUUUAACAUGUUUGGAUCUCCCAAGCAAAUGAAAGUGCAGCUAUGGGCAGCAUUACUGUUUACAUGGAAUAGCAAAGGGCACUUAGAAUGUAGCUGAAGGGAAAAGCGCAAAGCUACACUCUCAGAGAAAAAGUACAUAGCUGUACUUACAGUAGACUGAUCAUGUACAACAGCUUGUACCCUUGAGUUUUACUGUUUGGAUGCUGAAAAUUGUACUAACAGCAUGGCAUCAAACAAAGAGUCUUGUGUAUCAAACACGGAUUGUACCUUGUGGGACAAAAAUGAUCUAUCAUUUCUGACUGUAUCAUAACUGGCUGCCUUCACAUGAACUUGAAUUUAAAAGUAGGAGAGUAAAUGUGGACAGGGUAAAUUAUGUUAAAGCCACAAAGUGUUGAUGUGAAGAAUGACAGGUGCCAUGAAGGGAUUGUAAUGACAAUGUUUUUUGUUAUUUUUUAUGUGGUGACUUUAGCCAGAGAGGGCUGGACCGCAAAUAUAGCGCAGAGACUUUAGCCACAAUCAGAAUAUUGCAUGAGAAGCUUGUUUAGGUAAGCCUGAGCUCCAUCAAAGCAAACCAAAUAGAUUCCUCACUGUGACCAUCAACAUGGCUCCUAAUCUGUUCAUGACUUGAAGCCUUGUUCAAGAACUGGGCUUUUUGUUUAGAUGCCAGUGAACUAAACUGGUAGUUCUUCAUAUACUAUCCCUUAGAAGGUAAUAAUACUGUGAUACCUCUUGUCUGUGCCAGUGAAAGAGAUGCUGCAACUCAGGAUGGCAAUGGAACAUGGAUGGGCACACCAAUUUGACCAAUCAACAAGAAUUAGGAUGGCCAUACCUAUCAAAAAAGGACACACACAAAUGUCUCAGUGUUUUCAUGGCUGUCGCUUGGGUCCAAAGCAAUCAUUUAUGGUGAAUUCUAGGGCUCACGUAUCAUAAGAUAGUGUGGUGGAGUACUAUAUGAGGGAAAAAAUGGAGUGUAAGAGAAGUAUGUUAGAUGAGACCAGGCCAUGUACGGUAUGUGAACUUGAAGAUAGUGGUGAGGUGUGCUGUUGGAGUGACAGAACACUUCAAGUUGGAGGUGGGAUUGGAUCAAGGAUCCUCUCUGAAGAAUGAAGGUCAGUCAGAGCCAGACAGUGGAUGAAUGAAAGGGAGGGCAGUGGUGUGGAAGAGGAGAACAUGCAGAAGUUUUGAAUCUCAAUGAUAUAAGUUUACACAUUUUACAUGCAUAUUUGACUUUUGUAGAUGUGUAUAGUUUUACCUCAUCUACCGAAAAAAGCUGAAAAGUUUGCUCAUCGCUGGAUUAUAGACUCAGAUUCCAGGUGUGGUUCUUCCCUUGGACUGGAAUGAACACAUUGUUAACAUAGCCAAAAAGGCAGAUAUAAGGCUGUGUGACUAAUCAAACAAACUGUAUUGCCUUAGCAACAGGUUGUGAGCACAAUUGCCCAAAGCACUGACACACAAAGGCUUGCAGAAGCACCUAACCAGAAGGGGCAGUGUGCCAUCCCCUCAUGUCUCAUCUUGCGACUUCUUGUUCAAUUGUCUGUGAGGCAAUAAUGUGUCUGCUACGCACCUAUGACAACAAAUUAUUGCGAGCUCAGUAUUACUAUCACAAAACUGUCAUUAUAACUGUAUUUCUGCUGUUGUCUCAAUGGGAAGUUGUUGUAGAUUGUCUGAUCUGAUGCCAUUUGUUUCAUAUACAGUGGAAUCUCAACUAAGUGAAAGUCUCCACUGCUAUUUGUAAAUGCAGACUGUCUUUUCAAAAAAGAAAAACAUGCCUAUAGAUCGCAAACGGUGAGAUCGCAAUAAAACAAGACACAAAGAAAUAGAUGGAUUUUUUCGCAAACACUAAUUACAAAAGCAACAGCCUAAACGUGAGGUGUGCAAAAGGAGAAGUUCAAACAGAAAUUAUCAAUCCAAUUUUGAGCCUUCUGAUCUGCUUCUGAUCAAAGUUGGUAAAGGCCUGGCGAUUAAAAAAAAAAAAAAGUAACCUAAGCUAUUAUCCUGUGGCUUAGGAUGUGCAAAAUGUGAUUUUUCCCACCCUCUUUUAUUUGUUAGAAAACGAUGAGCGGCGACAAUUGAAAAAGUUAAACCUGUUCAAUGUUUAUAAUUGCGAAUCCUAAUAUUUUCAACAGAGUUCUGCUAAGCUUUUGUAAUACUUUGUGACUCUUCCUUCUUUUUGGUAUUCAUCAGUGUAAAUGCCCUGUGGCACCAUGCUACUUCUCACAGCUCAGAAUUGGUACUAUGCCAGACACCUGGUAUAAUAUGGUUGUGUGUGUGUGUCUGGUGUGCUGUGCUGGUCACUUGAGUCCACAACACGCUGCGUUAGAGCAACAAGUACGCUUUUUUUUAAACUCAUCAUAUCUAGGCUCUUUCGCAUUUUAAAACAAAGAUGGACAUUAUUUAAGAUGUUAAAAAUCUUUUUCAACAGGGGUGUUCAAUGCGUCAAUCGCGAUCGACCAAUUUCUGAGGCAUCGCGACCCAAAUAAAAAAAAGGCAUCAGCCUAUCAUCCAUUUUGUCGCUUGAUUUGGGUAUGGCAAACAUGUCCAACAUGUGGGUAGAUGUAUUGACAUUCGAUUUGAUGAAGUCACUCUGCAUGUGCACAUUAGGGCAAGUUCUGCAAUGGGACCCCCGUAGAUAGGGUGCUAGCUGCCUGAAAAUUACAUCUCGGGGCAAAAAGGAAUGGGCACCCCGAACUACAGUUACAUAUGGAAAUCUCCUGUGUCCAAAUUUUCCAGAAAUUAUUGAUAUUAGUCAGUCUCUUCAUGGGUCUGUUUGUCAUGGCCUGUUUUUCAAUUGUUUGUCUUUGUGUUGCAGUGUCAGGGUGCGUGAUGGUGGGUGUGGGCAUCAGCGACGUACCGGUUGCUUACAGUAAUCAUCAGCCUAUUUAGUGACAGUGUUGGAAUAUUCACCUGUCUUUACCGUGUUCACCGCUGAUGAUUGUCAUCCAUCUGAUCUUAGUAACUCCAAAGAGAUAUUGUUUACCACACAGGCUUUUUGUUGUGUCGCCUUAAGUUAUCCGUUUUCUGAUGCUCUCUGGUGUUGAGUUUCCUUUUGUUUAAUGUGUCUCGCCAUUGCAUACUCCUUCUGCUGAAUUAUUGUUAUUAUUUAUUUUUUGGACCUUGGUUCUCCAGUCUCUUUUUGGAAUCUGCUCUUACGACACUGCUGUCAUAACACUUAAGUUUACAAUUUAUUGACCAAUAUUUUAAAGGUCCCAUGCCAUAGUUUUUUCUUCUACUCUGUAAUUCAUAACAUGGAUCACGCUAAGUCUCUAACAUGAAAAUCUAACAUCUAUGCGGUUUGUUGGUUGAAUGCAAAAUUCAAUAACAUCAUGCCUGCAAUGCAGUGGGUUUGAAAUCACUGAUGUUGUGAUAAUAUGGAAUUACGAGCACACUUUGUGGUUGGUACCCACUCACUCACACAGAUGAACGGCAAUAUAAGAUUUCUGUGUUCAUAUUCUCAGCCUCUUCCAACCCAUAUAAAUACAGUAUAGUCUAUAAAGUAUACAUAUUUUGUUUUAUGACAGAAUGAGCAGUUCAGAAAAUGAAUUAACCAAUGAAUGAAAUAAUGAGAAUUCAGGACCUCUCAAUGGCCAGGUGUAAAAUACCAACUACAAUAGUUAGAAAAAGUAAAGGAAAGCAAAUAUAUUUCUAUAACGCAUUUCAUACACAAGAUCACUCAAUGUGCUUUACACAGUACUGCAAAAUAGCUAAAUGCUCCUUUACCAUGUUUGCUUUGGACUCUGUGCUACAUUGUUUGACCCAAGUCUGUCGAUCUAAGAGCCCUACUAGGUUUAUAUUCCAUUAGUAUUUCUUUAGUGUAUUCAGGACCUGAACUUUAAAAUCUAUUCUAAAGCUGACUGGAACCCAGUGUAAAGAAUAGAAUUGGCGUAAUAUUGUCUGACCUCUCUGUUUUGGUCAGAACCCAAGCUGGAUAAUUCUGAAUGAGCUGCAGCUGUUUAACUAUGAUAGUCAAAACUAAAGUUCUGGAAAAUUUGACAUAAGGGUAGCAUAUACAGGCUGAACAAGAGGGGACCAAGAACUGACACUUGAGGGACCCCAUAGGUCACUGCCAUUUGUUGAGAUUGAGCACUUCCAAUGAUUAUAAUGUAGCUCUUUUCCUCCAGGUAGGACCAAAAUCAUUUAAGGACCGUUCCAUUUAGUCCUACCCACAUUUUCGACCUGUUUAUCAGUAUGUUAUGAUCUACGCAGGGAUCGGGAACGUUUUUGACAGAGAGCCAUAAAGGCAAAAUAUUUUAAAAUCUAAUUCCAAAAGAGCAACACAGUGUUUUAAAAAAUAAAUACAGGUGUAUUUGUGCAUUUAUUUAAGACCAACACUUUGAGUCCAAUAAGUAUUUUAAAUAACAUUGUAACACUGUUGUUCACCAAUGAUGACAAAAGUAAUUUUUACCAUCAAUGCGACAGCUAGUGCUGCACGGUUUUGCUGAUGGCUUUGGACUUCAUACAUCGUCAGAUUAAGCUUCACGCAGGCGUUGAGACUUCUAUCAUUUCAUCGUGAACGUACUUCAAUUUGAUUUGGCAUCAUGCUGGUACGAUGGUGAACUGUUCUUGCCGACAAAAGCAUGUAUUUUAUUUGUUUGAUUAUCUUUGCUUUAUGCGAAGUUGUCAAAAUGUUUAUUGGCAACAUCAAGUACGAAUGUUUUGGCAUACUCCCCAUCUGUGAAUGUAAACACACAGCAGAACCGUCUCUCUCCACAAAGGUUGACCAUUUUUGUUGAAAACUUCGAUGGUCCUCAUAUUUUUUUUCUUUGAGCGACCUUUGUCAAAAGUGUUUCCAUAAUUAGUUGUUCCGACACUAUCCACGUUAGACCCUUCUGCAUCUGUGGACUUCGACUACCACGCAAAAACUACGGCAACUCCACUCGGCCAAACUGUCAUUUGUGUUGCCUCCAAUGUUUGCUUCCCACACCAAACUAAGGCAAUCACUAGGACAAACCUUCUCUGCAUGACAGAAAUUACAUGAAACGUACAGUAUGUCGUUAUGAGGGCUCUGCGAGCCAUAUGCAACCACCAAAAGUGCCCGACCCCUGAUCUACCGUAUUGCUGAGAUUCCACAAGACCAAAAUUGUUGCCUUUUUUGAGUGAGUAUUCAAUCUUAUAUCAUUUAGCACUUUCAUAAGAGCAGAUUCUGUACUGUCAUGAGUUCAGAAACCCGAUUGAAAUUUGUCAAAAGUCCAUUUAAGUCCAAGAAAUUGACGAGAUGAUCAAAAAUAACUUUCUCAACAAUCUUGGCGAUGAAAGGGAUAUUAGUUUGCUAACAUGGAAGCGUACAGUGCUCUGUUUUUAGAAGAGGCUUAACAGCACCUACUUUAAGAGCUAUAGGAAACUUGCCAGACUGAAAUGAGCAAUUAAUUUGCUGCAAAUAAGCUAGCACAGACUUCACAAUAAUUUUGAAAAAGUCAGAUGGUAUUGAGUCAAGAAAGCUCUUUGAUGUUUCAGCCGCUGAACCAUUUUCCUUGGGUGGCUUCAGAUGUAGUAAUAUUGUAUCAUGCUGAUUUGUGCUGAUAUCUAACCUGAAGGAUUGUAUUUUUUUCCACAAAAAUAAAAAAGAUAAUUCAUUGGAUUGAUCAACUGUUAGGAGUUCUAGACAUCUAUUUCCAACCCCAAAUUAUUUUGCAAACUCUACAAAUGGACAUCAAAGUUUAUGGAUUUUUUUUUUUAAUACGAUGGAAUGGGACCUUUAAAUGUUAAAAUUGACUUGCUCUCUUUGAUCAUGAUUAUCAUUAUUAUAGCUUUGAUAAUAUUAUCAAGGGUUUAAGAAAGGUGUCAUUUAAUUUUGGUGUUCUGAAAAGCAAUGGUUUUGGAAAUGGGAGGCGAAAUGUACUGGUAUUCUGAAACAAAAAUUAUUGAAACACAUUCACUGCAUCUUUGACAAGAUUAACCUACUUAAAGAUUUUAAAAUUAGUGCGAAUCUGAGGCCCUUGGAGGUUCCACUGUAGACCAAAUGUUCCCAUGCUCUUGGCUCCAGUGUGCCUCACAUGAUCUGAGAACCAUCCCUGAAUGAGUCUUUUGGGCCAGUGUUGUUCUUGUCAUUUGUAGAGAAACUGUAGCUCUUUUCCGUGUAUUGUAGCACUUGUGUCGAGCGAUAAAGGUUACUAGGAAACAAGCAGAAAACAAGCCCUGACAAUCAUGCCUGUCAUCAUUUUUAUCCCACCAGGAGAGUCACAGGUGUAAACUGGAGAAAGUUGUUGGGCCAACAACACAGAGAUCACAUUACAAUUUUGUGUGUUCUUCAUGAAAUUAUACAUGAGCUGUCAUUGUAGGCCCCCCUUAAAAAAGUUCUCAGUUGAGACAUUUUUUUUUAAAUGGAGUUUAGUUCACGGUUUCAUUUGAGCUGAUGUUAUCAUUGGAACCCUUUUGACCUAUGGUAUAUAACUAGCAUCAUUAGCCUGGUUGGAUAUAUUGUGUUUUUUUUGUUUGUUUUGUUUUUGUUUUAUUUUACUGGAUAUGUUCUUCAUUGUGGAGUUCAACACUGCAUUAUUAUCAAUGUUCAGCUUGUUGGGUUAGUACCUGGGGGAAUGCAACUUUUGAAGAUCUCUCACGUGUUCAAGUAUAAUUCCCUGAGCCAUGGACCAAAGAUCAAGAUAUGUACAACAGGGUCUUCUGGGUUGCUAAUCACACAUCCCAAUUGAGGUGAGCAUUUCCAUAGUCAGCCUGGCCCGCGCCUAUGCUGCAAUUACAAGCUCUGACUGCACUCUGUAUCCAAGUAAAGAGCGUUUGCUUUAAUUAGAAUAGAGUAACCAUGACAAACCCGGACAUUUUUCAUUUCCACUCAUAUACUGCAGCGAGGGGCAUGCGCUUGAGCGUGGACCUGCAGCCGUAGCUUGUCAGCAGCACGGAGCACGUUUUAGUGACACAAGCCAAGCAGACGUGACAGUGAGAACUGUGCUCAUGAUGUAGCCUUGUUUCCUUCAGGUUCACUCUGGUCCUUGAACAAAAGAACACCUUACUACAUGCGUACACUUGUCAAUGACUUAUCAACAAUCCUUAGGUCCACUCUGUUUUCUUGGCUGUAAAGAGGUUAGCCAGAGUGCUGAUCCACACCUUCUUUCACUUUUCCACUUGUUGCACGUGUCCCAAAAAGGUCCAGUGAUGGGGGCUAAUGCAUAUGGUCAUGUAGGAAAUAUGUAAUGAAUACAAAGCAGCAUGUAGCCAAGGGGUGGGUACAAUCUGUUCUUUAAUCCGGCCCAUUGAGCAUGUACAUUUUUAAGUCUAGUUAUAUUUAAAUCUCUAAUUAAGUAGUAUUUCAUCAUUUUAAUGUAUUUGUUUGUUUUAUUGAUUUGUUUUGAAUAUCACGUGGGUUUACUCUGGUUUCCUGUUGAAUUCCAAAUAAUGUGCUUUUUUUAUUAAUUAAAAAGGAAGUUAUCUGCUUAAAGCUGGUAAACUCCAGCUCACAUGCGAACCUCAUGAGCUUAUGUGGUAUAUUUAAAACAUGACAAUUAUUAAUUUGUUAUUAAAAUUAAGUAUUUUACAGACACUUGAACUUUUCCUGAAAUCACUGCUACAAAUUACCUGGCUCAUCUGUUUUUUUUUUUUUUGUUUGUUUGUUUGUUUUAAGUUGAAUGCAGUCCCUAAGCACAAAGGUUUGCCCACCACUUAUAUCAUUCAACUCUGCUACUACUGUCAUUUGACCUGGUCAAGAUGCUUUACAGUCUGAUGGAUGGUGUGUUUUUUAUUUAGAUCUCUGUCUUGUAUUUUUGUUUUCAGGUCAUGUAAAGAUAGCACCAGUAAUUAAAGCAAGCUGAUGCCCAGCAUUUCACCAGUGUUAUUCCUAUAUUGUUACAGUAAAUUGGUAGCAAAAUGUGGUGAGUGCUGACUGUCUCAGUAAAUGUUGAGUUCCACUAACAUUCAUAAUAUGCAAAUAUUGUACACUUUGUGUCCGAGUCAUUGUAUACACACAGAGCGGAACAAUAUUAAAUAAAAGAUUUAUAGA